AAUGGUGGCAGUCAUUUUAACCGUUAACAAUUCGCGUCGGAACCAUCGUUGCUCCCGAUGUUUGCCAGUCGGAUUGAAUUUCCGGCAAACACGUUCGGGUGUUUCCUGUCAGCUGCGAUAUAUUUCCUGCGGCGCUGUAGCGGAGGGUCUAAUUUCAGGGUUAAAGAAUAUCUGAGAGGUUGCUGGGUGGUGCUGAUGAUGAUGAUCCUGACUCUGGCUGCAUAUGGUCGUUGUGUUGCACGGAGUGGGCUGCAGGCAGCUCGAGAGCUGGGACAGCGCGCGCUGCUUCACCCAGAUGCCCGGGCUCAGUUGGCGCGAGACGCUCGAAGAAGCUGCAGCACGAGCCGGCUCUGGCAGAGCGGCGCGACUGUGGAGCCCGGCUUUAUUCAUCAGCCAGUUUUUAACAUCGAUGUUUUGGUAGCUUUGUUACGUCAAGAGAAUGCAAAGGACCUUUGUGUCAUUAAACUGCCCAAGGAAAUGAAGUACACUGAUUAUUUUAUCAUUGUGAGUGGAACUUCUACAAGACAUUUACAAGCUAUGGCACAGUAUGCAAUUAAAGCGUAUAAACACUUAAAGAGACAGCAGAACACUCACAUCCACAUUGAAGGGAAAGAUACAGACGAUUGGAAGUGCAUAGAUUUUGGUAACAUAGUAGUACAUUUCAUGCUAUCUGAAACCAGGGAAGUCUAUGAACUGGAGAAGCUUUGGACUUUGCAUUCCUAUGACGAUCAAUUUAAUAUGAUACCUCCAGAAAUACUACCCAGAGAUUUUAUAUAUGGACCAACAGACACAGACAAAAACAGUGAUUUCAGAAGAUUGUCUUGAAGGGAUUCACAGCAUCGAACCAGUGUUUGUGUGAAUUCAUUCGAACUCCUCUACAGUAAUGAGCAGUGGAAGUGAGUUUGAGGCAACAGGAUUGGACAAACUGGUGUAAGGUGCAGAAAUGAAGUCCAGCUUGUAGAAACUACACAAGCUGUACAGUUGUACCACUUCACAUUUGGAUCAUGCAUUUGUUUAUAGAAGUCGAUAGUAUGCAAAAUUUUAUAAACUAAAUCAAUGCAGCAGCAUUUUAGUUAGAUUUGCUUUACAAAAUUACCCAGUGUUGAAUGUAUUUACGAAAGAGCCAAUGCUUGGCAGGCUCAGGGUCAGAAGGUUUAUUGUACACCAGAAACUGAAAUGCAUAUGCCACAUUUGAGCCUUUGAAGUUAGACAGUAAUGUAUAUAACACUGAAUUAUACGAAAAUGAGCUGAAGCUUCUGUUACAAAUAAAAAGGCUAAAAUGUUUGUCCUUUUAACAUGAACUUUGACAUGUACAAUAGUUAGGCAGUGGGACAGCAUGUCAGACACUUAUCUAACGUUGCAAAAAAAAAAAUGGAUUUGACACAGGCAGUGAUUGUAUUGGAAAAGAAACACAGAGGCAGAUUAAAAGACAUGUAUUGCCACACCUAUAAUACAAUAAGGUUUUGGGUCCUACAGAUAAAUUGUGAAUAGGAAUUCACAGUGGUCUAAAAGUUACUGGGUACCAUCUGAAUAGCAGCUGUAGGAUACUGAAAGUUAGUGCUGGAUGACAUGCUGUAGACCUGCUCUGAUUAACUAGAGGGAACAUAUUGGAGGACCCUCCAUCCUGUGAGGGGAAAAAAAUUUAUUGAACCAUUGAAAUAUUAGUCGAUGUUGCCGCUUAAAAUUAAAAGCAUGCUUCAGCCAGUUCUUCUUUAAAUGGAAUGGAGUUAAGAUUUUACAUUGUACAAAAACAGAAAAGCUGAUUUUUUUUUUUCCAGGACUAAACAUGGUCUUGAAAGUGACACUUCAAAAGGAAGUAUAGGGAAGUUUGUUUAAAACUGAUUUGUCUUGGAAACAAGAUUUUCAGAGUUUUGAAAUUUGAUCUUUCACAGUGAGCUGGAAUGAAGUGACAACUAAAUGUGUGCCUCGUGUAUGUAUGUUCAUUAUCAAAGCCUUAUACAAGGAAUUUUGUGAAAUGUUUCCAUGUGUUGUAUACACAAUUGCAAGCCACAAGAGUGGAAUCAUCCAUUAUACUUCAACUUGUAACAAAAUACAAGUCUGCUUAAUACCUUGAAAACAUACAUAAUCACAUAGGAGCUAAAUUAUUUUAUUUCAAACAGAGGCAUUUGACAAAUGGGGCUGCAUUAGGGGCACAGUAUUUAGAUGAAAGAAAGAGAAGUGAGCAAAGUUUUUUUUGCUGGUUUCACUUCUUUUACAGAACUACCUUCAACUAAAUGCCAAUAUUUCCAAAUUACCAAUCUUGUUAUAUAGUCCAGAAAAUUAAAUGAUACAGCAGCAGAUCAGGAAGUGUAAAUGCAGCAAUUAAACCAAAAACCAAGGUAAAUCAAUCUAUCAAUGUUACUUGCAACAAAAAGUGGGCUCUGACCUUUCAGCCUCACAUCAAUUUAUUUAAGUUAUUAAAUGACCUUCUGUAAUUCAGUUAUUUUAUCAAUGUAAGAAAACAUUUCUAACACUACAUGGAGAAGUCACUCUGCCAAAAGAAUGAGAAUUAAUCCAUUUUGCUAAAGCUACAACAUAAGCUUUGAGAGUUUGAUUAGUAAUGAAUAUAUGUAGGCAAAAACACACCAGACCAUUUUUAAUUGUCUAAUCUGUACAAAAAAUGAUCUUUGGGAAAAUAUCAACCUAUCCUAUGCAGAAAUGCCUCUAAUUCAAAUGUAUCUAAGAGGUAGAUCAAAAAUUGAUGAAGUAAAUGGUUUUGCCAAGUUGUGCCCCUCUAUUUCAGUGCAGCAUGAUGAUAAUGAUCAUCUCAUGCACAAGAAAAAUCACAAAAGGUUCAGAGGUAAUAGCAUGGCUCUGCUCAGACCACACACAGCAGUGUUUAUGCACUAAACGUGCACUGCCUUCAUUUAAAGCACUGAGGUAGCUGGAAAUUGGGUGCACUCAGGAAGUUGACUGGAGCAUUUCAACUUUACCACAAAUUAGUUGCUUUAGCUUAUUCUAGUCAGACUACAUUUGGUGGGAGAGGGAGGGGGAUCAAAACUAUUUUGUGGCUGUCAAUUUGGCCAUUUAUGCAUUUAUUGCUGUACCGGUUAUCUGUAGAUGUGCAUAAACCCUGCUGCAUUUCGAUUUAAGCUCAGAGGAAAGAAAGGGUUGAAACUAACAGCCUCCCCCCAUGGCUUAGUGUAGCCCACUACAGUAGCUGCAUAUGUAAACUCUCUUAUUUUCAACAACUUUAGAAUGAGCAAGCAGCAUUGACUUUUCUCUCACAAGUAUGAUCACGUGCGGUUCAAUAAAUUCAGAGUCCACUCUAGCAAAGACUGCCAGUGUACCCAGACAGAUCUAAUAACUCUACCAGUAACUGCAGAUGAAGCUUGCUCUGAACAAAAUGGCCAAGUCCAAAUAGACUGUGUUAUUAUGCAUCAAGAUGCAGUGAUGGUCAAAGGCACCAAGGGUCCAUGCAUUUAAAAUACCCAGUUAUACUAAAAGCUACUCCAUUUUGCAGUCUCUUUCCCCUACCCCAGCCUCUUGCCAUCACUUCCUUGUUUUGUUCCCAAAAGUACCAUCAAUCAAAAAUAGGAAAUAAACAUUUUCAUCAUAUCUUAAAAAGAAAAAA